AUGGUGAGAGUCUUUCUUCUCUACAAUCUCUUUAACUCCUUUCUUCUCUGUUUGGUCCCUGAGAAGCUAAGAGCUCUCUUCCCUACUUCUUGGUACAUCGACGACAAGAGCCCACCACCGUCGAAAUCUGAAUCUCCGGCGAGAACAAACCGGAUGGAUCUAAAACAAGUGUUUCAGAUGUUCGACAAGAACGGAGACGGACGCAUUACAAAGGAAGAGCUGAACGAUUCCCUAGAGAAUCUAGGAAUCUUCAUGCCAGACAAAGAUCUGAUCCAGAUGAUCGAGAAGAUGGAUGCAAAUGGAGAUGGAUGUGUGGACAUAAACGAGUUCGAGUCUCUUUACGGUUCGAUUGUCGAAGAAAAAGAGGAAGAGGAUAUGAGAGAUGCGUUCAAUGUGUUUGACCAAGACGGCGAUGGGUUUAUUACAGUUGAGGAGUUAAAGUCUGUGAUGGCUUCCUUGGGACUCAAGCAAGGUAAAACCCUAGAGUGUUGUAAAGAGAUGAUUACGCAAGUGGAUGAAGAUGGAGAUGGUAGAGUCAACUACAAGGAGUUUCUUCAGAUGAUGAAAACUGGUGGCUUUAGCAAUAGAUCAUCUUCAGUUUAA